GGGACGAGACGCGGCCUCCAUUUUGUGGCUCGGCUUUUAUUAUAGCUGCGUCACUGCAGCGGCUCGGCGUUUGGGACCAGCAACCUUAUACUUUAUUUGGAAUGAGCUCCCGUGUAUUCAUUGGGCGAUUGAGCCCUUAUGCCACUGAACAAAAAGUGGAGAAAUUCUUCAAAGGAUAUGGACGAAUCAAGGAGAUAGAUUUGAAAAAUGGCUUUGGAUUUGUGGAGUUUGAAGAUUAUAGAGAUGCUGAUGAUGCAGUUUAUGAACUGGAUGGAAAAGAGUUGUGCAAUGAAAGAGUUACAGUUGAACACGCCAGAACACGCGGUAGUGGAAGGCGAGGACGAUUCCAGGGUCGAUUUAAUCAAAGCUGGACUCGCAGUGGAGGAAGAAAUGGGCCUCCUAUUCGUACAGAAAACCGAGUGAUUGUUGAGAACUUAUCUUCCAAAGUUAGCUGGCAGGAUCUGAAAGAUUUCAUGAGGCAGGCUGGAGAGGUUACCUUUGCGGAUGCACACAGGCACAAACUGAAUGAAGGAAUUGUUGAGUUUGCCUCGUACAGUGAUUUGAAGAAUGCUCUUGACAAACUCUCAGGCACAGAACUCAAUGGAAGGAGGAUCAGACUUGUUGAAGAACGCAAGCAGGGCAGGUCUCGCAGCAGGUCUCGUUCCCAUAGCCGUAGCUCUUCCAGAUCUCGCAGUCGAUCUCGCUCCAGGAGCCGCAGGUCCUACACUAGAUCAAAGAGUAGAUCCAGGAGUAGGAGCCGCAGUAAAUCCCGGUCUCGUAGCAGAUCACCUGCUCCUGCCAAGGAACAAAAAGCGGGUUCACCAUCGCCUGCAAAAUCCGCAUCAGUGGAGCGUGCAAGAUCUCGAACCCGGUCUCGGUCAAAGUCAAAGUCUCGUUCCCGAUCACCCUCAGUUGAAAGUGCAGAUUAAGCAGUAUGUUAAUGUCAUAAAGUGGACUUUUGCCCAAGUGAGUGAAAGUUGAUUUAAAAUAUGGUAAGUAGGAUGUGGUAAAUUUCUGUUAAACAAUACAAACCUUAAUUUGUUUACUUCAUCCAGAGAAGGUAUAGUCCUUAAAAGUCCUUUUGACUAUAGUGUUCUUGUAUAGUUCAGAUUUAUAUUCAGAAAAUGGUCAUUUUUUCUCCACUUAAUCUGUGCUUGUUUAUCCAACAUUGAUUUGUUAACAUUCUCAUCCUUUGCUCAUUUGCUGACAUUGAUUUUAAACAUCUGUAGCAUUAAAUGCAAUGGUAUGAAAUUA